CCACAUUUUUUUUUUCUUUAUUUCUUUCUUUUUGUUGUAUCCCUUUCUCUUUUUUCCUCUCCUUUUACUUUGACUUCAUUUUAAUACCCCUCUUAGAUCUCCUUUCUCUCUCUCUCUCUGUCUCUUUCUCUUGUCUCUUGAUAUAUACAAUAUAUACAAUAUAUAUAUAUAAGGAUAUAGUUUUAAGAAAGAAAGAUAAUGUCUUCUUCAUCUUCAUCCAAUUAUCAUUUGCCUGCUAUAGCUGCUAUGGCUGGUAUAGCUCUUGCUGCUUCUGGAUAUGUUAUAUCUUCAAGUAAUUCGGAAUCAAAGAAACGUCGAAGAAGAAUCAAAUCAAAAAUAUCAAAAGAACGGGAUGACAAGUAUGUACUUGGCCUUGUUAAUACUGGAAACUCUUGUUUUGCCAAUUCUAUAUUACAGGCAUUGGCUACACUCUCUUGUUUAAGAUCUUAUUUGGCUGAACGAGUGGAUGAACAAGGUGAUGAAGCAGGUGCUCAGGUCCCUCCAAAUGAGUUUAUUCUUCAAUCUGUUGCAUUUGCUCUUUAUUCCACUAUUGAAAUGUUGAACCGACCUCUUUCACGACCAAGAUCUAUAGCUCCUACGGAUAUCAUACAGGCACUCGAACGUCAAACACGAGGAACAAUCAGUCGAGAACAACAGGAUGCUCAUGAAUUAUUCCAAAUUAUAUCAAGUUCACUAACCUCUGAAGAAGAAAUACAAUAUAAACAACAAAUACCUUCCUUAUUAGACGUUGGUGCUAUUCGACAUCUUGCUGCUGAAACGGAACCUCUUUCGGCUUCAUCCUUGGACGCUUUUGAAUCAUCAUCAUUUUCUUCAAUGGGAACUUUUGGAUCAAUGUGGAGCUCAUUUUCAGUAUCUACUACUGGAGGUAACUUACAUCAUCGUCCACGUCGUCCUCGAAACCCUUUUACUGGUCUAGCUGCUUCGAAAAUUAGCUGUUUGAAAUGUGGUUAUACGGCACCUAUUCGACAUCAUACCUUUGACAAUAUAUCAUUGCCUGUACCACAAAUGGCCAAUUGUACGCUGGAAAGCUGCUUAGGAACUUACACCAAAAUGGAUAUAUUGAACGAUUACCAAUGUAGGAAAUGUACAUUAUUGGCAACGCUAGAAAGACUGAAAGAAGAAUGGAAAAACUCAACAAGUGAUGGAAAAACGAAACAUAGUGAAAUACUGAAGUCACAGAUCGAUCAACUUGAACAAGCUCUGCAAACAGAUGUAGAAAAUGAUUUGCCUGGUAUUACUCUAAUUCCACCAGAAACAGCAUCUUGUACAUCAAAACAAACCAUGUUCGCCAACCCACCAAAAUCGCUUUGUCUUCAUCUAUCAAGGUCUAUGUAUCAUCCUUCUGGCUACGUACAAAAGAACCAUUGUAAUGUUCAGUUUCCUGAAUAUCUUGAUUUGGCUCCUUAUACUACCAAUGGUUAUCUCAACACUCAAGAUCCAACCGCAUCUUUAAGUCCAUCUUCUUCCUCAUCUAACAAGUCAAAAUCAGCGCCUGGCACGCCACCUCAAAUAAGAACAAGUCGAACUAGUUUGGUAUAUCUUCGAAAUAUGGCAGGGAAACAGUUUGUACAUGGGCAACAAGAUGGAUUGAAUGUUAUUCUACCAGGACAACAGGAUAUCAACAAUGAUGACAAUAAGAAUAACGGUAUGGACAAUAGAAGCGAACCCAGUUUAUUACCAUCAUUGACACUUCCAGCAAUUAGACCCAUUCAAUACCGACUGAAUGCAGUGAUAGUACAUUAUGGUGGCGGACAUGAGUCUGGUCAUUUUAUCACCUAUCGACGCAAAAAACUUCCAACAGGACAAGAUGCUCGACCUCCUCAUAUGAUGAUGAUGGGUACCUCAUCUGGAUAUUAUGGUGGACACAAUGGCAUCUUUCAAUCUCAUCAUCCACAACGACAUCAAACAUCUCUAUCACCGAGCAAAUUCUGGCGAUGCAACGAUGAAUCGAUUGAAGAAGUGGACUUGGAUACAGUAUUAGCUAGUGCCCCUUAUUUGUUGUUUUACGAAAGAGAAUAAUUCUUUUCAUCUACACCUCUUUGUCUCAUUAUUAUUUAUAUAUUAUGUGUUAUAUUCAAUAAAAUUUGAUUGUAAUUUAUUUAUAUUGUUU